CCGACAAUUCCGUGGACGCAAGAGUCCGAACACAAACUCGGCAGCCAAAUGCCGAUCAAGUGGAGUCAAUGGGGGAUUUCCGGAUGUUCCAUCCCAAAUUCUUUUGCACCAGUUGGUGAUUGCAAAUUACAGUCUCAAAAUCACUACAUCACUGCAAGAUGCCCAGCAAACCAGCUGCACCAUCAGGGACUGGAAUGACAGGAUCUUGGCUGAAAGACAAAGGGACUGCCGAUAGGCAGCAUCCCCAGCACGAAGACUCGCACAGCGAUGGCAACGACUUGGAUCACCCGACUCCAAAGCGGCGAAAAAGAGGAAAAUACGUGUCCAUGGCAUGGUACUGUGAAUUCCUUCCUGUUACUUUCUUUCAUAAGUCAGUGGAUACUGAUCCCGACAGUGACCAGUGCCAACGGAGAAAAAUCAAAGUAAAACGCCCCUGCCCCAGCACCACGGUAUGUAACUACUAAGUGCUGUUGUAGUGUGACGGAACCCUUCCCUGUCAGCCUUGUCGCCUGUAUGGACGGGGCUGUGGUAGGCAAACCGUUGACUUGCGUCGUCGGAGGACGACUGGGCAUGAG